AAUCAUUUAUGUACGAUAAUAUGUGGUUGCAAAUUCUGAUAUAUUUCUGUCUGCUAUUAUGUGUCGAUAUUUAUGGCAGGAGAACGAAGAUUAUCGGGGGUGAAGAUGCCGAAAUUAUGGAAUUUCCUUAUAUAGUAUCGAUUAGAUAUUACAAAGAAAACCAGCACUUUUGUGGUGGCUCGAUCAUCAGCGAAUGGCAUAUCCUUACGGCAGCCCAUUGUUUAUUCUAUAUACAAGAUGAAUAUGAUAAUGUCAAGAUUUACGCAGGUAUUUCGAACUCAAGAAGGAUUAGCGGUCAACGAUUUGAUAUUAAUUAUACAAUGAUUCAUCCACAAUUUGUGGGCAUAAAAUCGAAAGAAGCAAUGGAUCAUCAUGACAUCGCCAUUAUUACGGUAUGUUGAAAACAGAGUCAUAAAAUAUCAUUAAAGUGUCAAUUGUUUAUAUUAUUAAUGUGGGUAUUGUUAAUAUACUUACUAAUGCUGUAUGAUUUUAUUUUA